GUUGCCUAAAACGGUCGAGCAGUGCUCAAUUCGCGGACCUUGUGUGGCCUGGUAGGUGCCCAGCGUGCUGCCUGUUGCGUGUACAGCUUUGGAUAGGUACAGGGAAGAUGUCGGAGCAAAUCAUCGACUUUUCAGACGUCGCGGAGGCCGGUGGCUCUGCGGACCGCCCGGACGAGCCUUCUACUGGCAAAUCGACGCCUGGGCCCCAGGGUGGCGGCGAUUCAGUGAACACGUCGGAUGACCGAGGCGAGCCAGAAGACGGCGGCGCCGCAUCUCUAUGGCGAGAGUGCGGACAGAGUUUUCCGCACGCGGCAGCGCUGCUCGAGCACAUAGACCAGGGUGCGUCCAUCUUCCUUCCUCAUCCAGAACCCCGUUUGUACGGCACGCCGGGUUCCCAAACAGGGUUUCCGCAUCCGUGCCGACUCGCUUACCGCCGGCAUGAAUACAUGAAUGCAUGAUAUCCCCCUUCGUCCGCGCUGCAUAUGUAAACUGUUGCUGAACGCACCCCGCCCAGAUCACACCGCCCCGGCGGGAAGCAAAUACACGUGUGAAUGGGCCUCAUGCGGGGGGCGUGGCC